UCCAUUUGCUCGGCCAUGGCGUCCUAUUAUGGCAGACGCACGUGCAUAUUGAAAAACAGAAAAGAUUCGAUUACUUAACAAAAGCCUUCUUGCAAAUUUUCGAAAAUCCAAGAAAUUUAAUGAGAAGAUUGAAUGGCUUGAUGAACAAACACACAGAAUUGUUGUAUCUUGUAGAGGACGUCAAUGAUAAACUUGUAUUAUUUCUUCCGAUUGUUUAUGGAUAUUUAAUGUAUAUGAGCUGUUUCUCUAUGUGUGCAUUCUUCUUCGUAAAUAUGAGCAUUUCCAUAAAGAUAUUAUUCGCCUUAAUGUCGAUUACAUGUAUCUCCGGAACUCUCUCACUCGGUUAUUUUGCAUCACGUUUCACUGCUAAGAUAUAUGGAAAAUUGAAUGAAAUGGAAACGUUAUCUUCGGCUAACUUGUCUCUGGAAGAUAAAUUAAAAUUACUGGAUUUCAUGAAAAGAUUUAGUAAAGUUCCCAUAGGAAUAUCUGUAGGGGGAUUUUUCCAUGUGAAAAAGAACGUCAUCAUCAGGGUUCUUACCGCAAUGGAAUCCAUGAUAUCGACAUUAAACUCAUUGUCAAGUAAAAGCAAUACGAAAUCGUGUUCUCGAGUGAAAUCAUAUUUAAAUGCUACAGAGUCAUCUGCACAUUAA